AGAUUCUGCAUCCAUAGCAUGGAUAGCCACAACACGCUCCACAGUCCAGUUUGCCACUGGCAGGCUCAGACCUUGGUCAAAGUGAGCUUGCCAUCUCGGACACUGUACACAUGCCGCUCCAUCCACAAAGUUCUUCUUUGUCUCCUGUAUUCCGUCUACAACGCCACAAAGGGCACCUUCUGGCCUAGUGUCCACACCGCAGCUUCAAAUGUUUUGUGGAAUCGCCUUGGUAUUUAUAUAAUCUCAGUUUUGCUCUCGAUAAUUCAGAUCUUCACCACCUAUGUUUGCUGUCAUGUCUCUCAACGCAAACAAGGAACUUCCUUCGUUGUCCAAAGAACUAAGCACACCUACUGGCGCAAAGUCAACGCCCUUGACCCCUUCGUCCACUGGUGGCCGGGUUAAUAUGGAACCCCCUCACCCAACACUCGUGCUCGAAAAAUUUCCAUCAUUCGCAGAGCUUGCACUUAUUAGUUCCUGGCAUGAUGCCACCACAGCGCGGCAAGUUCGCUUCCAGCGCAAGCCAGCACCUGAUGAUUGCCGCCGUUCUUUCCCCUCGCCAAUGUCUGAAGCAGAAAAUCUUGCCCCAUGCACUUCACAUGCAAAUGAUAACGUUACCCCCCAGACACAGGGUCUAUCUAUCAAGAAACAGCUAGUAGAUGCUCAGAAUCUGCAAGAGAAAGAACCGAAAACAUUGAAGCCCACCCGCUCCCAGAAUUUUUUCGACAUAGGCAAAGCAGCAAGAACAACGCCCAACCUAAACGCGACGGCCAAUGUUGGUACACGAAAGAUCUCUCGCUCCGUGCGAUUCGCUCCAUGCGAAACCACUGCUUCUCCUUCCACGCCCACAAAUUCCACCGAUGCUCCUGUUGAUGCGCUCGAUGGGGCUUUACACGCACUAGGGAUUGACGUGAAUGAUGGAAACAUUUAUUUCACUUUCGAUCCCAACUGUAUAUCCUCCCGCGGAGAGGCUGUCCUCACUUUCUUGUCGCCAAUUCCUGACGAGCCAUCAAACUCACCUGAGUCGCCCUCCCAGCACCGCUCCCUGAGCGAGGUCCAAUUUGGGCACAGGUAGCGAUACCUCGGGACACAACCACCAGGGCCAGGAUGCAACCUGUCAAUGAGCUGCACUCUUUCCUCGGCGUUGAAAAUUAAGCUGUUGUAGCCAGUCUGCAUGGCUCAGUUUUGCUGCCUCUCCUUCAUUCUAUAUCACUGUUCACUUUGCUCGACCCAACAUAAGGUUCUCUUAUGGCCAUUCUACGCUAGAUUCACGACAUAACCA